CCCCGGCCCCCGGGUAGAUGAUCACCAUGCCAACAGGACGAAGGUCUUGGAGGAGGCAGAAGUCGGACUGUGACGUCUUCCUGCAUUUGAAGUACACCAGCAGGGUAAUGGAACCUCUUUCCAUUAGGAAGAUGGUCAAUGAGACCCUCGCAAGGAUAAUCGGCGAUGACACGGCGACGUGGCUGGAGCGCACGAUGAUCGGAUGGACUUAUAACGCUAGCAUCACGUCCAAGCUGUGCAAACCUGUGGAAGUGUUCUGCGAUUUCAAUGUGGCGCAAUGGAUGGAGAUCUAUGACCCAGAACAGUGCCCUUGCAGAACUCGCAGAUACGCGGACAUGCGCAGCCCUGCCUCGCUGAAUCUACUCCAAUCCGAAGGGCACACGCACAUGAUCACACUCGACUCAUCAAUCACGGACAACCCUUUACUGCAAGGGAUCAUGAACUCGGGACUCAACCAUAUCCCCUGCAUGGCUCUGGAUAUUGAUGUAGUGGAGAGCAAGGUGGGCGAAUUCCUGGAUCGACUUAUGGCGAGAGUAAUGGAACUGCAGGAACUUACAGCGUCCACACGGUCACUUCUGCGUAGGGUAAUCCUGAAGAAGGCGAGGGCAAAGAUGUCCAGGUACAAGGAGCAGCAUAGGCACGUGCCUGCGGAACCUUUCGAGCACCCUGCCGUGAAGAGAGAACUGGAGUUUCUCACUGGGCGUUUCCUCAUAUGCCCUACCGACAAGGCGCCUAACACUCCGGUGUUCACGUUCUGUCAGGAGAGUAGCGUGGAGAUGCAGGAGCAGUACGGGGUGGAACCAAACCUGUGGUGGUCGAUUGCGUCUGUCGGAGAACUAUGUGCAAAUCUGCUGGAGAGGAUUUUCUCUUUGUUCACGGCGGACAUCACCAAAUGCUUCGAGACGAUCCCCAUGGAUAACUCAGAGGAUGCGGUGGUGAGAUUCUACGUGCAAAGUGCAAUGCAGGUCAGAGGGAUCCCGAUGGGUUUGGCAUGUUCUCCUAUCGGGUGUGAUAUAUACUUUUUUAAGUAUGAGUAUCAUGCCAUGAUGAGGUUGGCGGACACGGGGAACGCGCAUCUCAUCCCAUACUUCUCAGACACUUUCAGGUAUGUCGACGACAUGGGGGCAAUCAACAACAUCAUCAUCAGGGAUCUUAUGAAGAAGGAAGGAAGGGAGGAUGAUGACCCCUGUUGGAUCUAUCUCGCGGAGUACAUCGAAUUGAAGGAGAAUACGGAGGUGAUCGUGGACGGGGGUGGAUGCAAGGCGAAUUUUCUCAGCAUGACCAUUACGAUCACCUCCCUAGAAGCAGGCACUUUCAUCACCUCGAAACAUGACAAGCGGGAGGGGUUGGGGUUCACCCCUUGCAGGUACGUCAAGUACAGAUCCAACCGGUACACCAAGCAGGCGUUGCACGUCAUCACAGCCCAAGUCGCGCAGAUACUGCUGCUCUACUAUGAGCCACAUGAUGCUGCAUCGGAGAUCAACAAGGUGGUGACUACAAUAAUGGGCAAUGGUUUCGCCAAGGAUGCUUGCUGGGGGGUGGUCAGGAAGACCUUACGGAAUGCUCAUCGCUACCAACCUGGCUUAGUCUCUGUGCACAUGGUUAGGGAGGCGCUGUCCGAUAUGUUUGGCCUCACGGACUGACUGUGCGCUCCUUGUGCGUGUUUGUGUCUGUGUAUGUGCGUAUGUGUGUUGGAUGU